AUGUCUGAAAAGCAACAACAACAAGAACAGAAGGUUAAGGAACACCAACUUCAGUACAAUAGAUUUCAAGAGCUUUUAACGGAUUUGCAGGGACAACUCUCAUCGAUUGCUUCGCAGAUUCAGGAACACUCAAUUGUCGACAAAACGCUAACUGAAAUUCCACCGAACAAAAGGGAAGGCCGAAAAUGCUAUAAAAUGGUUGGGGGAGUUCUUGUCAACAAAUCAGUGGAUGAGGUCAUCAAGAUUUUAGACGAGGAGUCGAAAGAGCUCACCAAAUCGAAAGAGCUUUUGGAGAAAGAGUUCACGAGUUGUAAGAAGGAGAUGAAUGACUGGAUGACCAAAAACAAGGUAAAGAUUGUUCGCCAGUAG